AUGGUUAUAAGAGGCUCGACCCGGUCAUCCGCAACCAGUGAGGCUGUGGUGUAUUUACCUCAAGGUCACUUGGAACAAGUUUGCUCCUCUACACAAAUUUCUCCACUACAAAUUCCUACUUUCGAUCUUCCUCCCCAAAUCGUGUGUCGGGUUGUCGCUGUUCAUCUACUUGCUAACAAGGAAAAUGACGAGGUGUACACUGAGCUGAUUCUACUUCCUCUGUCAGAGGCAGUCGGUACGAAAUCCAAUGGCAAAGAAGACAAAAAUGUGGGAUGGGAAGAUGAUGAAGAAAAUGGACAUGUGGCAGCUAAGUCAACGACCCACAUGUUCUGCAAAACUCUAACUGCAUCUGAUACGAGCACUCAUGGUGGAUUUUCUGUUCCUCGUAGGGCAGCUGAAGAUUGUUUUCCUCCUCUGGAUUACAAAGAACAAAGGCCUUCCCAAGAACUGGUAGCCAAAGACCUCCAUGGAGUGGAAUGGAAAUUCAGACACAUUUACAGAGGCCAACCCAGGCGGCAUUUGCUCACCACAGGGUGGAGUUUAUUUGUCAGCCAAAAGAAUCUAGUGUCUGGUGAUGCAGUUCUUUUCCUUAGAGGAGAAUCUGGAGAGCUGCGUUUAGGAAUUAGAAGAGCUGCACGGCCUAGAAAUGGAGUACCUGAUUCAAUCAUAAAAUCCCAGAGUUCUUAUCCCAGUGUACUCGCCCCUGUAGCAAAUGCAUUAUCGAACAACGGCACAUUUCGUGUUUUUUGUAGCCCAAGGUACUGCCAUGCCGAUUUUAUUGUACCUUACCAAAAAUAUUUGAAGUGCACCGCCUCUAAUGCAGCUGUUGGGACGAGAUUCAUAACAAGAUUUGGCUUGGAUGAUUCUCCUGAAAGAAGGUUUAGUGGAGUGGUGACUGGAGUCAGAGAUGCUGAUUCUUUCAGAUGGCCAAACUCGAAAUGGAGAUGUCUAAUGGUUAAAUGGGAUGAAGACAUGACGACUAAUCAUCAAGAACGGGUUUCACCAUGGGAAAUUGAUUUCUCAAGUAAUUAUGCACCUCUAAGCAUUGAGUCCUCCCCUAGAACAAAAAGACUGAGGUCCACUUUACAUGCAUCUCAUGAUGGUAGCUCAAUUACAAGAAAUAUUCUGCAUUUGGAUUUUGAGCAGCAUGAAAGAGCCUCUAAGGUCUUGCAAGGUCAAGAAAAUAUCGGUCUAACAUCAUCACCUCUCAGUAACAGUGAGGGUACGCGCCGCUAUCUCGGUUUUGAAAUACUGUCAUCAGCUCAUAUUCCUUUACCAAAUGGAAUAGAAAGGACUAAUGAGUAUAGUGAGUAUGUGAGCAAGCCGGCUCAUGCAACUUUCAAGGGCUUUUUGGAAUCUGAUAGGUUUCCAAAGGUCUUGCAAGGUCAAGAAAUUUGCUCGCUGAGCUCUCUAGCUGGGAAAAACCACUGGAAUCUUGGUCAUUUGUCUAAUAAAACUAUUUUCGCUUCCAAUAAUUUCAACAUGUAUCAUGGGCCGAUGCUCGGCUUCUACCCUCUGGCUUCCGAAGGGGCUCGAACUAUGCCGUUUACUUAUAAGGACAUCUAUGGAGGUCGACGAGGCAUUAAAAUGCAGACAAAUAAUUUCGAUGUUCUGACAGGAAAUUACGUCACGACACCAACUUCCGUUCUGACACAGUCCACCUCAGAUGUGUUUGAGGGCAGAACACUAACGAAGGAGAAUCCUACAAAUGUGCUAAUGCAUCUCAAGAAUAUGAGUGGUGAAGAUAACUUGGAGAAGAUCCCUAGUUGUAAAUUAUUUGGUUUUUCCUUGGUGGAAGAUCCUGCUGUGCUUAAUUCUCAAGGCCAAAGUCCGAGGAUGUGUGUUGAGGUCCACAAACGAGGCAGCUUAGUUGGUAGAGCCAUUGAUCUUUCGAGAUUACAGGGUUAUAAUGAGCUGCUAACUCAUCUGGAAAGAUUGUUUAACCUGGAGGGUCUCCUUCACGACCCCAAACAUGGAUGGCGUAUACUAUACACUGAUAGUGAUGAUGAGAUGAUGGUAGUUGGUGAUGAUCCAUGGUGCGACUUUGUUGAGGUGGCCACAAAGAUCCAUGUAUUGACGCAAGACGAAGUUGAUAAAAUGAUGGUCGACUUAAAUAGUGACGACACUCAAAGCUGUCUGGAGGAAGCCCAACAUUUUAACUGA